AUGGGCGGACCCAUCCCGGCCACGCUCUCCCGCUUGACGAACCUCGUUUACUUAGACCUCUCGCGCAACCGCUUUUCAGGUCCCAUUCCCGGGUUUAUCCUUGGCGGGACGAUCAAGAAGUUGGACACGUUGGAUCUUUCCGCCAAUCGGCUCACAGGAAGCAUUCCCGGGGGAACGCUUGGCGCGCUUUCCGUUCUGAAGACUCUCGGCGUCACGGACAACCGGCUGACCGGUAGCAUUCCGGCGGAGAUCGGCAAUCUGAAAGGGCUGACGUACCUGAUGAUUCAGAAUAACCGGCUGGAAGGGCCGCUGCCGUCAACUCUAACGGCGUGUACCAGUCUGGUGAGGCUGACGGCUGGUUUCAACCGAUUGGGGCAUCCCCUUCCCGUGAGCACACUUCUGCGACUCCCGAAACUGGAGGGUCUUUUGCUCAAGCGUAACAGCUUCGUCGUUACUUCGCUAGCACCUCUCGCGAACCACCCGAAGCUGAGAGACAUCGACCUGAGCCAAAACAAGGUCUCUCGGCGAAUCCUCGCAACCCUCGGGCAGAUGAAAAACAUCCAGAGCCUGAAUCUGGCGGGAAACAAGCUGACAGGACCCGUUCCCGCGUUUCUACUAGCCAAUCAGCCGAAGCUGUACGGACUCGAUCUGUCAUUCAACCGGCUUUCAGGGAGCUUCCCGUGGGCUGCGGUAGCAGGCGCGCCAGAACUAGCAUGGUUGAAUAUCCAGAACAACAUUCUAUCAGGCGGAAUUCCAGGGAAUCCGUUCAAGGGUCUCCACAUGCAGGUUCUGAACAUGUCGAAUAAUUUCUUCGCGGGAGGUUUGCCUAAUUUUGGUACGCCGGAAGGGGAAUACAAUCUGGACCUGCGUGAUAAUUUCUUCUCGGGCAGAUCGGAAAUUCAGGCGUGGGGCAAGCGAGUCUGCCCGAUCGAAGGGCAGACGGAAAAGCCUGGGGAUGACUCAACGGUGUACCUUACUGUAGCUCGUAACUGCCUUUCGCAAGUGCCUGGUUGCAAGGUUACUUCGCAACGCAGACCUGCUUCGUGCGCGGCUUUCUGCGGUGCAAAUGGCAAAUCCGGACCAUGUGGGGGGCAUGGCACUUGUCGACCAACGCCAGUGGGUGGGAAGGUGCGCUGGCGUUUUUCGUGUGUGUGCGACAAGGGUUACGCUUUGAAGGCGGGAGAUGCGUUCGUAUGUGCGUGA